AGGGGGGAAGGGCCAUAGCAAAAGCGCGUGCUGUUGCCCGCCGUUCACGAGAGUAAUGAUAGUCGUGCCUCUCAGCUCAACUCAUGGCUCAGAGACAACUGUGUAUAAAAAGCAGAGAAGAGUGUCGUCCGAGAAAUACAGGAGACAUCAGUUGACCCCAGGUCACACAAAGCAGAUUACGCGGCUACUGUCAACUGACUCACUGUUCUAUUCGCCGCUGGGGGGAGCUGAUCAACGUACUAUAGGAAUGAGCAGGUGUUUUGGAGGAUAGAGAGCUUGAGAGAAACAUAAGUUGAACAGUGCAGGCUAAAAGUGUGCACGUGGACAAGCAGGAUGGCUCAAGACACUGACCAUCCACACAGCACGCCCAGUAGUCCCGAACCCCAAGACUUGCAGAAGCGUACAGAGGGUAAGCGGCAAGAGUUGUCUAUGGCGCCGAGUCCCGAAAAUCAAGAAUCGGACAUCGCCGACCCCGUUGCUACAACUCGAGCCCUGAAGUUCUCAAUCGAGAAAAUCUUGUCUCCGGACUUUGGUCGACAUGCUCGAAAGAAGCGGGUUGACAGUGUCGGCGCCGACAAAACCCUGUCCCCACAGCCUCCUAGUCCCAGUAAGACGAUGGCACCGCUGGUGUGGCCGGCUUGGGUGUACUGCACUCGGUACUCCGACAGGCCGUCCUCAGGUAGGAGAGGGCCCAGGUCUCGGCGAAUAAAGAAGAAAUUGAAGCCUGACGAAAAACGGCCAAGAACUGCUUUCACAGCAGACCAGCUAGCCCGACUCAAGGCAGAGUUCCAAGAAAACCGCUACCUGACGGAGAAAAGACGACAAGACUUGGCUCGCGAAUUACAACUUAACGAAUCCCAAAUCAAAAUUUGGUUCCAGAACAAGCGAGCAAAGAUCAAAAAGGCCACUGGCCAUACUAACUCGCUGGCCAUCCAGCUGAUGGCUCAGGGCUUGUACAACCAUAGUACGAUCCCUGUUCGUGAUGAUCUGGACGACAAGGAUAUUGACUCGUCGUAGACUGGUUUGUUGACACCACCCUGACUGUACAUAUCACCGUUUAAAGACUUUUUAACGUCAUGGCGUACUAAGCCCUCGCUCAUAUGUAUGUUAUAAACUCAGUUCGUCGUCUAAAUAUUAUGUAGAAUGAUGCAGGAAUAAUAUCGUCGAUCUUCAUUACUAUGGCAGUUUCUCAGGUGUGAAACUCGUGACGAGACAAUUCUUGAUAACGAACAUAUAUUUCGUCGUCCAGUCUACACGUCCCCUGACACCAUCGUGAAAUAAAAAUUUUAAGUAACAACAAUUAUUGUAAAUUGGGACACAGUCGUACAAGCAUAAAGAUUACGGACUUACCAAGUAAUCUGCUAGUUUCUAAGUCAUUUCGUGCUAUGUUGUGUGUAGUGUAUAUCCCUUAUAUAUAUCUAUAUAUAUAGUAAAUCAUGAGAUCAGCAUAUGUCGCCCUUGGAUGUUUCAUAAAGUCACAAUGACUGCUAUUCAACUUCUCCAUUAUUUUGGAAUAUGAUUUAAUUAUAAUAGCCUCUGUCAUGAAACUCGUCGUUGGUCUUCAGCUUAUGACAAAGCUCAAGAAGUCCAACUUUGAUCAGUGAGACUGAUCCAGAUUGUCACUGACUUAGUUGGUCUUGAAGUUGUGCCACAUCUGGUUAAUCUCAAAUUUUCUUCAACUUAUUCUUUUGGCUUUGGUCAGAAUUGGUCAUGAAUAAGCUUCAGUAUUCAUGUAGCUUUGUUGGUCUCGAGUUUGUUUCACACCAGUAACCUCGUUCAUCUUCAAAUGAUCUCAGAAUUGGCUGGAUACAGUUUGUGUCUCAGGUUACUAUACUCUAUAGUUUAUGCCAUGCUUUGUGGAUCUCUUUCUUCACACAAACAUAAACUUUUAGACUCCAUUAAGUGUAACACUGAUCAUUUGUGUCUUGUGUGAAACGUCAUCCUUUAUCAAGUUAUUUAAACUUUUAUUAAGAGAGAUCAGUUCGGAGUUCACAUUAAACUUAAUUUAUCUCAAAUCACAUUUUACCCCCGUUUAACCUUUAGGCUUAACAUCUAUGCAGAACAAUGUAUUUUUUUAAAUAAUAGAGAGAACAGCUAAGAGCGGAACAUUUCUUACGUUUAUUGGUUAACAAAUAUUUAAUUUUAUUUGAACACUAUUUCUAUCUUGUACGGUAGUGAUGAAGAAUGUUUGGGGAUCGAACAAAUGAGCUUUGAGGACCUCGUAUUUGCAAAUAUUGAGUUCUCUGUUGUAAGAAUGUUCUUAUAAAGAGGAAAACACCCCUGAAUCCCCAUUACAUUGAGCACCCUUAACAUAAAAUAUAUACUGAUUAAUUGAUCUGAAGGUUACCACGUUGGAACCUUAAAUAAGAGGUCUGAAAAGUUCUGUGACAUUCUGUAUGCGAUCAGUCUUCGCCAUGAAACAUCGGAACAUAGAGUGAGGCCUCUUCUAUUCGUUCCCCAUUUUUUUACACCUCUGGUAUUUGCAUUUACUUUUCAACCAUGUUUCUGUAAAGCAAGGUGCUAAUUCAACGUCUUUUUCAUUGUGUAUGAUAUAAUGUUCAACUAAGCUAAGACAUUGGCUAUUAUCUAUAUGUAAAUACUAAAAUGCUCCUAAACUCAUAUCGAAGGUCUGAAGGUGGGAAAAAAAAUCAAGGAAAAUAAAAGAGCGUUAUCUGUCUUGUAAUGCAAUAUGUGUAGAUUGGCUUGUUGUUAUAGCAGCAGGUUUUCUAGAUAUUUCAUGAUGUUAACCGCAAGUAUCACCAAACCCCUGAAAAUCGAAAAAUGAAUAGAAGAGAAAAAUUUCAGAUGCAAACACUAAAAUAUGCAUUUCAUUAACAAAAUUAUUUUAUCAAGCCAAUCAGAUUAUAAUCACUUGUUUCGCAGAUGAUUAGACUGUUUUAUAGUGUGUAUUACAAAAACCAGAUGGCAUUGCAACAAAUGGAACAACGUUAUGUUUAUAACAAAUUAAAUGAUGUUAUCUAUUCAUCUUUUUCUAUCGUUGUAAAACCUUAAGCUAAACGAAUUAGCUAAAUGUACAGCUUUGAAUUAAGUUAUGUUGACAUAGUCGAUGCUUCUGUCUUAAGAAAAACUUUUUCCGGAUUUCCCCCCCCCCCUUUUUAAGAUUAACAAUGCAGUAGUGUUUCACAGGGGUCUCUAGUGUUCCUUGUUGGUCUGAUCUUUACUGGUAUUUAUGAUAAAAUUAGUUGUGUAUUAUAGUUACCCCUUUGUGAGUUUGAGUGUACAUAUAAGUUUUCUGUACAAAUUUUGCAUGAUUGGAAAUAAA